AACUGCUCUCUCCGCUUUCCACCAUGCCCUCCGAAGAAACAAAAGAACGCAUUGUUAAGGUCAUUGAAAUCAGUCGGAUGACGCUCCACUACGGCUGGAUCCCUCUCAUUAUCUACGUUGGAUUCACGCGAAGCAACCCGCAGCCUUCGCUCAUCAAGCUCAUUUCUCCUCUGGCAUAAGGACGGAGCCUUACAACUUAGCAGCUUGCGCCAUUUCCCAUACUACUUGACUGUACUGUAUUAAUGAUCAUGAAUGCACUCUCGCUCACCAGAAUGACGGGUCUCAUCACGCAACGACUUUUCUCUUCACGAACAAGACUCCUCCGCCAGACACUCUUCGUUCGCACCAUCGCAGCGUCUCUGUCGGUUCCGGAUUUCUGCCUGCAAGGCUGUAAAGCAGCGCACGAUUUUGCUUUUCGCUCCCAAAGACCUCGUUUUCCUCGUGUUGGGAAUAGUCUACGGCAAGCUCGUCGU